AUGGGUCAAUCGUACUUUUCCGAGGGCAUGGCGCAUGAAGCCACGUUCAGCCUCUAUAUGCGCGAUUAUCCGCCGGACCGGGGCUACAUGGUCGCAGCGGGUAUCGACGACACUCUUGACUGCCUGAACGCCCUUGCGUUCGAUCCGACCAACAUCGAUUAUCUUCGCACCACCGGGAUUUUCACUGGCGAUUUCCUGGAGUUCCUGGCGGCGACCCGCUUCACUGGCAGCGUCCGAGCCGUCCCAGAAGGCAGCGUCGUAUUCGCCGAUGCACCGAUAAUGGAAAUCUCCGCUCCCAUUAUCGAAGCCCAGUUAGUCGAAACCAUUGUGAUCAAUCAAAUCCAGUACCAAACCUUGCUUGCCACCAAGUCAGCCCGAUGUGUCCUGGCUGCCCAGGGACGAGCGAUCGCCGAUUUCGCUUCGCGGCGUACCCACGGCACAGAAGCCGCCCUUGCAAUGGCGCGCGCCUCUUACAUUGCGGGCUUCGCCGCCACCAGCAACGUAUUGGCUGCGCGUCGCUACGAAAUUCCUCCGGCCGGCACCAUGGCACACUCUUACAUAACCGGAUUCUCCAGCGAGAUCGAAGCCUUUCGCGCCUAUGCCAGAAUGUUCCCGGCACGUAGCAUCUUCCUGCUGGACACCUACGACACCAUUAGCGGCGCCCGCAACGCGGCCCUGGUUGCCGGGGAAAUGGAAGACGCCGGCCAUCGACUGACCGCCGUCCGCCUGGACUCGGGAGAUCUGGAUCACCUGAGCCGCCAGGUACGUUCCAUACUGGACGAAGCCAACCUCGGCUACGUCCGUAUCCUGGCCAGCGGUGGUCUCGAUGAGUACGAAAUCGAGCGCCUGGUGAACAACGGAGCGCCCAUCGAUAUGUUCGGGGUGGGAACCCGCGUGGGCGUCUCGGGUGACGCUCCCUGGUGUGAUAUGGUCUACAAAAUGGUGUGUUACGACGACCGGCCGGUAAUGAAAUUGAGCGGUGGGAAGGAGUCGAUGCCGGGAUCCAAGCAGAUAUUCCGACAUUUCGACUCAUCGGGAUUGAUGACCGGCGACGUAAUAGCGUUGGCUUACGAAAACAUCGCGCCGGGCCGACCCUUGCUGGCCGAGGCAAUGACAAACGGCCAACGCAUUUCACCUCGGGAAAACCUGGCCGUCGUACGGCAGCGUGUCGCCGAGGGCGCGGCAGGCCUCAGCCCUCCCUAUCAGCGACUCAGGGAACCAGCCCGCUACCCAGUGGAAUUCAGCUCCACGAUUCAGGAGUUGACACAACAUACACGAGAACAACUCGUCGCCAGCAUUAAUACCUGA